AUGUCUAAAAAACAUAAUAGUAACAGUAAUUCAGACAAGAAAUUCAAUUUCAAAGAAGUUACAAUUACUUUUUCACCAAUAACAGCCUUAUCUUUUAUAUUACUGAUUCUAUCAGCUUUAUACAGUUAUGAUAAAUCUUAUAGGGGUCAAGAAAUCUGUGAACUUGUUAGUCCAAUCAAACAGGAUGAUAAAUAUCAAUGGUUUUCUGCUCCCGAGUAUUCAGCCUCCACCGGAAAUUAUAAAUAUUUAGACAAUGGAGCAUUUGUUUAUCGACAUAUUUUCAUGGAUGAAUUCCAAGAAGAGUUCAACGUCAAACCAAUUAAUUUUCCAGUUAAACAUAAUCUUGAAUUUCGUUUGAAAAAUGAUACAUCGUUAAAUGCAAAUUUAGUUCAAUUAAUAUUAAGAGAAUCGGAAAGACAUGGACCGGCCCUUACACAAUUGAAACAAAAAGUAGAAGAAGGUGCUUAUAUUGAUGAUGGAAGAGUUUAUAUUCGUUGGGUAAAUGAUAUUGUAAGAUACGGAAUGUUUGCUGGUAAAGAUUUCAAACCAGGAGAAGUUUUUGGAAUUUAUACCGGUCUGAUAACUCCUAAUUUACAAGAUCUUGAAUAUGCAUGGGAAUUUAAUUAUCUUGUUGACCUUAAAGAUUAUAACGAUCAAAAAAUAAGGGCUUGUAUUGAUGCUAAACAUUUUGGAAAUUAUAUGAGAUUUGCUAAUCAUAAAGACAAAAAUCAAAACGGAGGACAACAAUAUGUCAUGCAUAAUGGUAUAUGGCAUGUACUUUAUUUGGCUCAGGCUCACAUCAAAGCCAAUGAACAAAUAUUUGUUAAUUAUGGUCCGGGAUAUUGGGAAAAUAAGAAAAAAUUUGAAUUCUAA